GUCUCUAAAUAUUUUGGUUGAUCGGAACGCGCACGUGUUUUUGUGUUCAAUUUUAAUAAUAUUUUAAAAUGGGAUUUGGUAAACCUCGUGGCGGCGGCGGAGGCGGCAGAGGAUUUGGAGGAGGCGGCGGAGGUCGUGGUGGUGGUGGAGGACGUGGAGGUGGAGGUAAUAACUUCAGAUCCAACGGCGGCGGAGGCGGAGGAUUCGGCAGAGGAGGAGGUGGACGUGGUGGCGGCCGAGGAGCUUUUGAUAAUGGACCUCCGGAGCGAGUUAUACCUCUAGGAAACUACGUUUACUCAUGCCAAAAUGACCUCGUGUGCAAGGUUGGGAUCCAGGAUGUCCCAUAUUUCAACGCGCCAAUUUUCCUCGAAAACAAGGAACAAGUAGGCAAAAUUGACGAAAUCUUUGGAACCGUUCGGGAUUACAGCGUGUCCAUCAAACUGUCGGAUAAUGUCUAUGCAAACAGCUUUAAACCAGACCAGAAAUUGUAUAUCGACCCUGGAAAGUUACUGCCAAUUGCCAGGUUUCUACCAAAACCUCCACAACCGAAAGGAGCGAAAAAGGCCUUUACGAAUAACCGCGGUGGAGGCGGCGGCGGUGGCGGAGGUGGUUUCGGAAACCGAAGCGGCGGUGGUCGUGGAGGAGGUGGCCGAGGUGGUGGCGGACGAGGUGGAGGCGGUGGCGGCGGAUUUAACAGAGGUAGAGGAGGCGGAGGCGGCGGUGGCGGUGGUGGCUUCAACAAAGGAAGAGGAGGAGGUGGAGGUGGCCGGGGGCGAUGGUAAUUUUCAGUAUCUGACCCGCAUCAAAACAUUUAAAGAAAUGUACAAUCAAAUUAUUGUACAUGUCCAAAUAGUUUUUAAGCCAAGGCACUUUUGGGUAUUAUUCGCUGACCAACCAAUCGAAUAUUUUACCUUAAUUGCUUCUAAAAUAAAUAUAUUAAAAAUGUAAA